UUUGGCGACCUAGUCUGCGGCGGACGUGACGCCAAGCCGGGCCACGGGCGGCGCGGGGUCCCUCGCUCGGGAAUGGGCCCGCAGGCUGCAGCCGGCAGGAUGCUUCUGCCGGUGGUCCUGCUGCUGUCUGUGGAGGCCGGGAGAGGAGCUGUGGCGAGCACCGAGGAUCCUGAGCCGCCCUCGGUGCCUGUACCAAUGAAUGUUCUAAUUACGUCAAAAAACUUGAACCCUGUCGUAUGCUGGAAAUACCAGAACAUGUCACAGACUCCUAUUUUUACUGUACAGGUAAAGAUGUAUCCCAAUGCCUGGACUGAUUCCUGCACCAACAUUUCUGAUCAUUGUUGUAAUAUCUAUGAACAAAUUACGGAUCCUGAUUUAUCUGCCUGGGCCAGAGUUAAAGCUAAGGUCGGACAAAAAGAAUCUGACUAUGCACGGUCAGAAGAGUUUAUUAUGUGCCGAAAGGGAAAAGUUGGACCGCCUGGCCUGGACAUCAGAAGGAAGGAAGAGCAGCUCAUUGUCCACAUACUUCACCCUGAGGUCAAUGUGAGUGGAGAAGGUCAGAGGACUAUGUUUGGUGAUGGAAGUACCUGUUACACAUUCGACUAUACCGUGUAUGUAGAGCACAAUCGGAGUGGAGAGAUCCUACAUACAGAACAUCCGGUUAAAAAAGAAGAUUGUGAUGAAACUCUGUGUGAGUUAAACAUCUCAGUGUCCACACUGAAUUCCAGAUAUUGUGUUUCAGUAGAUGGACUCUCGACUUUCUGGCAAGUUAAAACAGAAAAAUCAAAAGACGUCUGCAUCCCCCUUUCCCAUGAUGACAGAAAGGAUUCAGUUUGGAUUCUGGUUGUUGUUCCUCUUAUCAUCUUUACAAUAGUUAUCCUGGUAUCUGCAUGUUGGUAUAUUAAGAAGAAUCCAUCUAAGAGAAAAAGCAUAAUGUUACCUAAGUCCUUGCUCUCUGUGGUAAGAAAUGCCACGUCAGAGACAAAACCCGAAUCAAAGUAUUCACUUGUCACAUCGUGCCAGCCAGCUGUCCUUGAGAAUGAGACGGUGAUCUGUGAAGACCAUUUGUCCACAGUGACAGCAGAACAUGAAGAACUUUCAAAAGAAACAGAGGCUGUGGUUGCUGAAGAAAGCACUUCUGCCGUGACCCCUGACAACUCUUCAUCUCUGAUACAAAGAGGCAGUUUUUCCAUGUUAAGUAGUAACCAGUCAGAGCCUUGUAGCCUCACCACCUAUCACUCCAGAAAUGGCUCUGACAGUGGCCUCGUGGGAUCAGGCAGCUCCAUAUCUGACUCUGAAUUUCCUCCAAACAACAACUCAGAAACAAAGAUGGAAGAACAAGCCCCUAUACCUGUAAGAAAGGCCCCCACUUCCUCUGGUUAUGAUAAACCACACAUGCUGGUGGAGGUGCUUGUGGAUGGUGGUGGGAAGGAGUCUUUGAUUGGGUAUAGACUCACAGGAGAGUCCCAAGAACUGUCCUAAGGCCUCCUGAAUCCUGCCAGUGGUGAAAGAUCUGACUCUGUAAGCAGUUUUUCUGCCUUGAAUUCAUGAAAGAAGUUGUAUAUUCGCAAAUACUAACCACAUAGAAUAUCUGAUUUAGAUACAUGUAUAAGGAGCCUCUGGGAACUGCCAGUGUACUCUGCAAAUGCCAAGGCUAUCGAAGGAAUGUGGUGCUGCUUACGAGCUCCACUCUGGGUGGGCAAGUAGCUGUGAGUCUUCCUCUACUAGCCUUGCUUCCUGCAGCCGCUGCUCCGUCUUUGUCACCUCAUGGGACCCCUUUGUAUUUGUAAGUUCAUGUAUUUAGUAUGUUUACAUGUUUCACUUUGAAGGGAAAGCUGAAAGCUUCUCAAAGUUGGAUGUAAAGUUUAUGAUAGGAUUUGGUAGAUCACAUCUGUGGGAGUGUGUAUAUAAUAGAAUUUGGUAUAAUACGUUUGUGGGAGUGUGUACAUAUUUUUUAUGGAGUAUUAUGAUUUUUUAAGUAAAAUGUUUUGAAAAAA